UGUUAGACCAUAUCCAUGCAUUAGAAGUUGGACAACUGACGGAGUGAUCAGUCCUGAACAAAAAGCUAUGUACUAUUACGCGGACCCAGCAGAAACCAACAACGACUUUGUAAGAAGAAUCUUGAGUUGUGAGUUUAUAACGCUUCACAGUCCACGGGCUUCCGGAAA